AUGAAGUAUUUUUCGGAAUAUCCGCAUGUCGGGGGUUCGGAAGGUCCAUAUAGUUGGACUGCCGUUCAAUUUCGGCAGCCUGGACGCUCAGGGGAAGGAUCUGAUCUCCUUUUUUCAACCCAUUUAAUUUUCCCCCGCUCACCCCAGAAGUUAGGGGCUAAAAGCGAGGGGUUUUCACAAGCAUCCCUAAUCGGUGUCAUUACUACAAUCACUCUAGGUAUUCGCUCCUACCUUCUCCCUCGCUUCUCCAGUGGUAGAAAAUCUUUCUUCUCAGCUCCUCGGCCUCCAACCGAUGGGGAACAACUGAGCCAAGCUGCGCCAGAGCUGCGCAACUAUCUAAAGGGUAGCACAAGGGGAAACUUUUGCUUUCUGAUCGAGGAUAUUGAAGAAAAAUGCGUCCGCUUGCAUCGGAUGGCCCACCGGAUUAUCAUGACGAUACAAGGCUUUCAUGGACUAUCUGUCGUCGUUAGCAUCUUGGGAAAAAGAGCCAGGGAUGUCAAGUCACCUGUGAAAUCGGGUAGUUCCCUUCCCAUUUGCGACCACGAGGGUCAAUUGCAGGAUUAUUCCACUGCGGAAAAUCUUCAUCGUCCAAGAAUUUUGAGUGGAGACGCUGGGGGAGGGAGGAGGGGAGAUGUGUUCCAAAGCUUUGCGGAAACGAGCAUAGACCCCCGCAACGAGCACCAAUUCCGUGAUCUCCUUGCAUCUGCUGCAUCUGCACUAGAACCACAUCGGGCGAUUGCCUGGCACGAUGGAGGCGUUACCCAGCGGCCCGAACACGUAUCUGACGGAUGCAAGACUCAAAUGUUCGAUUUGAAUCUUCUUCCGCAGGACAGGGGCGGAUGA